CAUGUUUGCUGAUGGUUAGAUGGUUUGUGAAUUUUGGAAUUUUCAAUAGUUUUUAAAGAAAAAAUAUAGGAUUGAAAGAAGCGCCCAGCUAUGAGCAAGCCUGAGAAAAAUCCCAGACUAAAAAGUAAAACUCGUGCUUGGGAACAAGGAAGACGUGACCGUCUCGCCGUACUUUUUAGCAAAUUAUGGGAAGCCCUCCCAAAUUACGAUCCUUCUAAUAAACUAUCGAAACCUGAUAUAUUAAUGACUGCCGAAUCAACCAUUAGGCGCCUCGAUGCUGAACUUAAAUCAGUUCUAGUAACUGGCCAGAAUAAAGCAGAAACUAAAUCUUCAGCAACUAAGGAAAAAGCAUACUCAAUAUUAAUCAAAAAAUUAGAAGAUCGCGUAAAGAAACUUCUUUUGAGAAAUGAACAACUUAGUAAGUGUCUUAGUAAAGCUGGUAUUAAGGCCAAAUCAGAAUCUGGGACUGCUAAAAGGAAUAAAAAACCUCCUAAGUAUGCCAAUGCCAUUAGUGGAGAGCAACAGGCAGAAUUUCUACAAAAAGAAUUGGAAAAAGAGAAUCAAGCAAAAGUUCAAAAACCAAAAAGAAAAGGAACUACUCUCAAACAAAGAAAAGUGUCUGAAAAACCAAAAAUUAAAAAGACAAAGAAAAAGUUGCUUUCAUCGUCAAACUGUGUCUUUUUGGUGACACAAGCAAUGACUCAAAAUAGUUCCUGUUUUAUUUUAUCCAAGCCUAGUUCCAAGAUCAGCCCAACAGUAAUAACAAACUCACUAUUAGUCAAAACUCCAAUAGUAUCCUCAAACAUAAAACCUUCAAUUUUCCCAACAUACCCCCAACUACCUUCUUUAGGACCCGGUACUUUACUGUUUGCAAAUGGCACUAUGAUGCCCAUAGUACCAACCCCACGACCCCUUCCUGUAUUACCAACGAUCGUUGCCAAUCCGAUUUCUAGUCAAAUACCAACUUUAGUUGUAGUAACUUCAAAAGAUACUAUAAAUUCCUCAGUAAAUACAAUAGUAACUUCUACAAAACCUUGUAAUAGUCUACCAGUUUUGAGACCAAAAUUGGUUAAUAACACAAAGACUAUACAAGCAAAUAAAGUUCCUAUACCAGCUUUAACAUCAAAAAUCGUUUGUAGAAAGGCUGAGGUUUUGGAUAGUCAAAAAAAAGUAUCUGAAACAACAGUACAAAAUAAUCAUAAAAAACUUAAAACUAGUAAGAAAAUUGAGAAAACAAGCAAUGAAACUCAAAAAUUAGACACUCAAAAGAACCCUGAUAAAAAUAUCCCAGAGGUCACACAAGAAACUAGUUCCAAUAAUAAAGAUGCUUGCGAAAUUCCAGCUGUAGAAGCAUCCACAAGCUUUUGUGCUACUAAUGAUAAUCGUUGUAAAGAUAUUUUGAAGCCUGAAAGCUCUAAAAUUGACCACCAAGAAAAAACUACAGCUGAUAGCACUGAAAAGACUGACUAUCAAUUAGAAACUUUUGCUAAUGUUGUCACAAAAGUUGCCAAUAAUUCAGUUGCAUCUUCAAAACCAACUGACAUAAAUUCAAUAUUUUCUGAAACUUGUGUUAAUUCUUCUAUCAGUAAUAAUAAUGACACAAAUCCAAAAAACGUUCAGAUACCGGAAACUUCUCAUACACAGACACAAUCUUUUGCAAAACAGAAAACAUUCGAGCACAAUACAAAUUUACAAAACGAUUUAAAAUCAUUAGAAAUGACCGAAUUAUCCAAUGAUAUUUUUGCCUCGUUUCAAGUGGCACCUGGUUGUCAAAAUCCUGAAUCCACCUCACCAACAGCAGCCUUUUUACUUGCUUUUCCUUUGGUUUCUUCAGGAGCAAAAGUUACCGAGGUUUUAGGGGAUGAAAAUUUGGAAAGUCAGGCUGGAACUCCGAAUUUGCUGCAAAUUGGUACAAUGGAUAUUUCUAAACCCACUCAGAAUUAUUCCGAAAGCUUUACACCAAAUUUAUUAAAUUUUGAUAGUUUUAAUUUUAAUAAUUGUGGGAAUUUUUAUAAUAAUAAUUGUAGCCAACAAAGUGCUGUGACUACAUCAACUAAAACUUUUGUUAAUAAUAGCAACAUUAACGUAAAUUCUAGUAAAAAUGAAACAUUGACGAAUACUCAAUUUAAUCAAAACGAUAUUGGUAAAACUAAACCUUCAAUAAAUAAAACUGGUUCUACAAUUACUAACAAUUAUCAUACAAAAGAACUACCAUUAAACAUAAAUUUGAAUAAAAAUAUUCCGGUUUCUUCGGUACAAACAAACCUGCAUAAUAAUUUGGACUUAAACAAUGAUAUUUUCUCUUUUAAGCCAAACAAUGAAAAUUUCAUGAACUCCAAUAAGCAUUCUUCAACAAUAAAACCCUAUAACAAUAUUCCCACUUACUCUACAUACAAGACCUGCAGCUCAAAUCAAUUUAUGCCAAAUAAAAAUUACCCUCUUGUGUAUACUAGUGCUUCAAUUAGCAACAGCUUUUAUAGUUCCUUCACUACUUCAGACACUGUUGCUGGAAAUUUUAAUUCCACAAAUUACAACAAUUACAUACAGUAUGGAAAAACUAAUCAUUACAACUCGAAUAAUUCGCAAACAUAUCAGAAAAAUAAAUUUAAGGCUACCACUCAAAGUAAACCAAUAAAUUGGAUGACUAGUCCUGCAGUUACUACAUCAUCAUAUAAACCAGAUUAUUUCUUGCCUCCUUUUACCAAUAGUUCAAAUGCUUAUUUAAACUCUGGUUGUAAUGAGCAACAAGAUUUUAAUAGAAAAACUUCAGAAAUAUUUCCAACAUAUCGAAACGAUACUGAAGAAAAUCAAUUUUCUUGGUCUCCAAAUAAAAUCCCACAAUUUUUAGAUACCGCAAACCAUAAUAAUUCAUUUGUCUCUUCCACCUUGCCAACUUUAGUAGGGGAUUUAGCACUCAAUAAUACACCAUCUAAAGAAAAAACCAGAAAAAAAUCUACCAACUGUGAUAAUAAUCAAACUAGUUUUUUGUCUGUUAGCCAAUUAGUAGAACAAAGCCAGGAAAAUGCGCCUGCAAAAAUUGUAUCUAGACGCACUAGUGGUAAUAGGUCAAAAACCAAUACCCCAAAAACUAAUAAAAGAAGAUUGGAGACUACCAACAAAGAAAUUCAACAGCAAAAUAAUUUCAAUAUUUCUGUAGCAACAAACUUAUUUAAUGAAAACAACAAAAGAACCAAUAAAAACAUUCCUAGCAGUUAUUCGGCUGAAGCUUUGAUAGGAAACAAUCAGAAUCCAAAUAAUGAAAAACGCAGUAACUUCUGUCAUCAAAAUAAAAGCUUGGUUCCAGGAUUUUUCAAUGACAAUAUCGUCCCUUACUUUCCUCCUGUCGAUACCCAACAGGAUAAUAGUUACAUGCAAAGCUAUCAGCCAACUUACCAGAACAAUAGCUAUUCUGCAAACAAUUUUAGCGCGUCUUCAUAUAAUUUUAUGCCUAAUAAUCAGGAAUUUAUUGGGGAAAAUAUGUUUCAAAACGGUAAUAAUAAAUGUAAUUUUACUCAAAAAAACAUUGAUAAAACUCAAAGCUAUAGCUGUAAGAAAGCGAAAAAACGGCCUUUGAACGAUAACGUUCUGCCCUCGUUUGAUAUUCACUUUUUGUCGAUGCCUGGUGCAAUAAAUUCUCCAAUUUUACCUGACGAUUUUCAUACAACUUACCUUCCUCCAACUACCUUGUAUUCCUGCAAAAAUCCUUUGUAUCCUAAAAAAACCAAUACGGAAGGGCUCUCUGGCAGUUUAAUACCGCCUUUGCCAGCAAUCAGUAAUAAGCCUGUGAUCGGUCCUCAAAUGUCACCUUUGAUUAAUUCAGCAGGAACCUCACUGACAAACUUUAAUUUGAGUACGAUAUUUCCAGAAAUUAAUAAGGAAAGCAACCAGUUUUUUCCUUUGAAAAAUGGUGUAUCCAGUGAGAAAAUUGAAAAAACGCAAAAUAAUUAUUCCAGUAUUUGCACUGGUCAGCAGUAUACUACAUAAAAGCUUUAAUAUAAGAUGUUAAUCUGGAAAUGGGGUUUCCAAUUCUAGUUUUUGAAUGGUGGAUUUGGAAAAGUAGCAUUAAAUUGCUGAAAAUGGCUUGUUGCUAUUGGUAAUUGAUUUGGACAGCAUCUUAAUUUCGAAGAGGUAAAUUUAUGAUGAAGAAUGGUACAUCGAUUUCAUUGAAAUCAUACCUUGUCCACUACCCUAUUAUGAAGCAUGAAGCCAUCACUACGAAUAUUUUCCGAAGAUCUCGGUUUGUGCGAAAAUCCGCUUGAACGGUUGGCGAUAACUAAUGUAGCUCUGAACGUGUGUUGGAGGGUUUAUCGGGCACUAGGAGGCGGGGUGCACCCGUUGUUCCACCCGCUCUAGAAGACCGUUAUGGAGAUCAUCGUCAGCCUCGGCGUAGAGCAAGCCAUAGCAGAAAUGGACGCUGUAGGUGAUCAACCACCGUGCCGCUGCCUCGGAUGCCAGGGUCGAGAACAAGGGCCUUCCGUGCAACCUGCAGGAGGUUGCUACCUUGGGCCAACCUUAAACCCCUACUACCUACAACCCCAAGGAGUACUUACUAGCCAAUGGACAAGCAACUCGAGGCCUAUCAGGAGGACCACACGUAGUCAACGAGCGACCGGGGCGCGGUUGACCAAUCCGCCCACGAAAUGAGCAUGUGACACAGAGGAGGGUCCUGUCCACAUAUAGGGUGGUCGUCCGGAACCCCGAAGGACCACACCUGUUGACCCUCCAGCGUCGCCACACAGGGUAGGAGGAACCGGAAGAAGAAGACAAUGAGGAUUAGGCAUUUAAGAAUGGAGAUUUUUGGAAACUCAACAAGCUGGAUAUUUGACUAUCUUGAAUACAUAUAUGGCCAGGUUACAUUGAGUUGGAUUCAGUUGGAAGGUCAAUGAAGAAUUAGUUUUAGCUACAAAUGUGGUGUGUCAUGGCCUGCCAGAUCUCCAAAUUCAACUUCGCCUGAUUUUCAUUUAUGGGUUAUUCAAAAAAUAUAUGUUUUGCAAGCGAAUUAACGAUCCAGAAGGACCAUGAAUGCGUGUCAAAUCAAACUACAAGCCUUGAAUAUUUUCAGGAAACAAAACCUAAUGCAAUAAAUAAAAUUUUAAAAUUGGUUCAUUUUUUAAAGAAAAUAAAAUACCAUUAUACUCUUAUAAACAUUUAUCACUUAUUUAUUUUCCUAACAAAAAUUCAAAAGAUAAUACAUACUUAUUACAAUUUUGUUGUUGAAAAUUUGCACAAUUAUUGUUGCCUAUUUUCAAAGAUUUAGGCCCUCGUAUUGAAAUUACUUAACUAAACAGCAAUUAUUUGAAACAUUUCUAUACAACAAUCAGAUAUUUUAAACUUAAUACAAAGAAAAAAUAUACAAAUACCUAAAUAUAAAUAUUUUACAAAACAGGAAUGUGUGUUUUAGAUCAAUAAUAAUAAUUGUUAUAAAUACUUUAUCUAGGAAAUUCAAUUUCUUUUUUAGAAAAAUAUACAAAGCUGACCUAGACUAGAAUGGCACAAUAUUUUAAAUAAUAAUGUACAUUAAUUGAGUAUUAUUUCUUAAGGAGCACAAGGUCAUAAAUUAUACUAAAACAAAAAAAAAAAAAAAAAAGAAAUCAGUCUUUUUAUACAUUAUAAAGCUCAGCUUUUUCAAACAUUUAUGACACUUCUGGCAAUAUGGACACAGAUAAAUUCUUGUGUACAGGAGUUUUUUUUUUUUGUAUCAAUUAAGACACAAUGGGGCAAUGAAGGGGGGGUUAUCACACAGUUCAACACUUAAACUAGUUUGGAAAUUGCUACUAGUAGGACGAGUAAUGGUAGAAAAGCUUUGGCAACAUUGGAAUCACAUCGGAUCUCAUCACGUUGAUAGAAAUUCGAAGGAGGAGCUUCGUCGCCUGUUUUACAAUGUUCACCUCGACUUUCGAAUUCUUUCUAUAAUCAAGAAUAAUUUUUAAUAAAUAAAGAGUAGUAAAACAUAUACUCACA